AUGGAAAACCCACGUCGUGUGAGCCCUGUCGGAUAUCGAAAGUCCGCUGCGACCAUGCAACACCGGUCUGCGGACGAUGUCGAGCUCGUGACAUUUCAGAAAAGAUAUCGGUACUACCGCGUCGGAAAGGAUGCUGGCCGGCCUUCGAGGAGCGCAUCGCCUGAACAACAAGCAAGAAAUCGAAUAACUGUAGGAGAGCAAAGACCGAGCCUCGAGGAAGAGGGUACAAGUCCUGAUCUGAGUCCGUCGGGAUAUGUUGGCUCUUCUAGCAUUCUCUCUAUAUGUCCGAGAUUCUCGCCUGUCAUCUCUCGAAAGCCAAUACGUCCUCUGGACAAGGACUCUUCGCAAUUCGAGUUCGUGAAGCAACUAUUCAUGAAAUUGUUGGCUUCUUCGGAAUGUGUAGAGCAACUCAUUCUUCAAUACUAUGAUAGCAGCCGUUUUACCGUCAUUCCGCGACCUUUGAUUCUUGACCCCAUCACCAAAUUUCUUCGAGAGUUAGGUGCAAGUGAGGAUGAGGGAGCGUUUUUGGAUAAUCAGCUUGCAAAUGCCAGACGAAAUUUACACAAGAGAUUUCCCUCCCUCUCCGCUCAUACAACAGCGACCGACUUCCUUGGAUAUUUCAAUGGGGACAGUUUUCGACUGGAGUUUGUUGGCCUAAUAUUUGCUCUCGCAGGAGUCUCCUUUUUCUAUACAGAAGUGGGAGAUGUGUUCGACCAGCAAAACUUUGCUGCAGAAAUGUACACUGCCAGCAAGGUCUGCGUGGGAAUCUGCGAGGAAUACAAUCAGGUGAAUGAUCUUACUGUUUGGUCGCGGUAUAUGAACUUUAUCUUAGCAUCGAAUCUUUUUGGAGAUGCAAGUAAUAUUUUAUACCACCGAGCCAAUGAGUUUAUUGCUGAAUUAUUCGUCAUGGGCUUCCAUCGACUCGUAUCCUCACCACCCAAUGUCCCCUUCUUCAUCCUUGAAACUCGGAAGAGAAUCUUUGCAUCAGCCGUGACUCGGGACAAAAGCCUUUCCACUUUUCUUGGAAGAGCCCCGCGGAUAGAUUGCGAUUUCUGCGACUUGACCGUCCCGUCCGAUCUGGACGAUGAUGACGUCCUGCUUGAGGGUAGCCGACUUGAUGCAGCUUUACAAGACCUUGAUCGGGAUGGAUGGAAGCGUCCUACUGGGACGAAUGAGCCCUUCCGGCCGGCCAGUUUGAUUCGGCUUCGGUACCAACAAGCUCACCUUCGUGAGAAGGUUCUACGUCUGUCAUUGGGGAAUAAGACCAAGUCUUACUCGGAGACUCUCUCGGGUUUGUACGAAGAGUAUCACAACGCCUUGGCAAGGGUCCCAUCUCAAUACCGUUACAGGGGAAGCGCCUGGGGAACGUCGAACCCGCGAUUAUGCGUGGCACGUUUGAUCGUUCAUCUAGACUAUCUUUACAGCGGCUUUUUGAUAGAACGAAUGCUCACCCAAGAUGGUCAAAUGACUAUGCCUUGCCUCCUGGCGACAUCAGCGAAGCUGCUUUCGGGUGUACUUGAGUUCGUCCAGCAGCAACACUGCUAUCCUGAAUUACGCGAGCGAUUUACGUGGAUGUUCCUUUUCUAUGGCCUUCCAGGUGCCGGGACCCUCGCCACCGAGCUCCACCAUAGCACUCUUCGCGGAGUUCCCUUACAAACCUCUAUUCCUUGCGCCAACAUCAUCCGCGACUUGAGUGUAUUACUGGCAUGGUUUGAGCGCAAAAGUUUUCCCGAUCGGCCUGACUUUCAAGUCUGCGUUCAGAUUAGCAAAGUCAUUGGUGCUCUUUUGGAUGAUACACUGAACAGGGGGCUACCGUCGUCUCAGAUGGCUAUUCAACCGGAAAGGCAGCAGCUAAAUCAGCAUUCGCCGGGUUUAUCCCGUCCACAUGCAGCCGAUCCUGUGGUAGAUGCAACCCAUAAUGCCCUUGAGAUGGUUCAGCCGCUCCCCGACGCAAUGACUAGUCAAGACUUUCUUAGCUGGUUUGACGAUCUGGUGUGGGACGAUCCCUCCAUGAGUUUUGACUCCAUCGGUGCAUAA